AUGAGUACGAAGCCCCCUGGAAACCUUAACGUCAGCGAUAUGCCCCAGUUCGUCAUGCUGACGUUCGAUGACGCAAUCAGGGAGCAGAACAUGGAAUUUUACCGCAAGCUACUAGACCCGGGAAGGAGCAGGAAUCGAGCCAACGGUUGCAACAUGGCCGCCACGUUCUUCGUUUCGGCCGGCUACACCGACUACUCGCUCGUGUACGAGAUACACAGCGUGGGCAGCAAGAUCGCCAUCCACUCCAUCACGCACCGAGACAACCUGACCUACUGGCGAGCCCUCGAUGUCGCCGGCUGGGAGGCCGAGUUCGUAGGCGAGCGCGACCUCCUGCGGGACUACGCGCUGAUUCCCGAUGAGGACGUGAUUGGUGCGAGGGCCCCCUACCUGGAGUCCGGGAACGGAUCCGCGUACACAAUGAUGCGGCAGAACGGAUUCGUCUACGACUCCUCCCUCUGCAUCGAUGGAUCAGUGCUACGUGAACACCGCGGCCGACAAGAUGCCCUUCUACCCGUACACGCUGGACUACGGCCUAUAGGGCUGACCUGCGCGGUCCCGUCGUGUCCCAGUGGCAUUCACCGUGGCCUCUGGCUGGUGCCGCUCAACAGCUACUACAUGACGACGACCUCUGAUGGCGACGGAUCCCGCACGAUCGUCAGCAGCUGCAACAUGCCGGACGCGUGCACUCCGAUGCCCACUUCGGAGGCCGAGAUGCUGGAUUUCCUCAGGUCAAACUUCGAGCUCUACUACCACACCAACAGGGCUCCGUUUCCGCUGUUCACCCACGAAACCUGGCUCUGGACUCCGGGGCGAAGACAGGGUUACCUGUCCUUCGUCAACUGGCUACUCACACUCGAGGACGUGUUCGUCGUCGCCGUGGCCGAAGUGGUGCGCUUCAUGCGAGACCCCAAGCCCCUCGGCGAGUACAUGCUGGCCUCGUGUUCGAGGGCGUCGGAGUUCAAGCGUUGUCCGCAAGUCCACGCCUGCUGGUUUCCGGACUCGCCCAUCGAGGAGACUUGGAACCUUGUCGGCUGCAGGCCGUGUCCCGAGAACUGCCCGUGGUUGCGGGACGUCGUCUGAACGGCGACACACGACGACACCUCGUCCCAUGUAGCCGAGAGACAGAAC